GGUGUCUGUGGCGUUCCUGCAGGAGACACACUUCAAGGAAGGGAAUGCCCCUACAUUAUGCGACAGGGGAUUCCCUCAGGGGUUCUUCACCAACCACCAGGAUGCCAAACAUUCUGGAGUAGCCAUUCUCUUUGCGCAGACAGUACCAUUCCAAUGCACCGCCACACAGGUGGACCCACUCGGUCGAUACCUCUUUGUCAAAGGAACCAUAGCCGAUCGCCUGUACAUCCUGGCCAACGUAUAUUGCCCCAACCGCGGUCAACACACAUUCUUGGCCCGGACUCUGUCCCUCCUGGAGAAGUUCAGAGAAGGACUCCUGGUGCUAGCGGGAGACCUGAACCUACCCUUGGACAC